AUGCCCCUCACUCUCUCCACGCCACUACGUCCGACAUCCCUCCUAAAUAUCAACCUCCUUCUCCGAACCGCACCUCGAUACAUCCAGAAUCAAUUCCGAAGUCAAUCGACCUCUCCCAAUCAUUCUCAUUCCUCAUCAUCCGUCAACCCCAACGAGGUUUCGCAUUUCAAUGCCCUCGCAUCAACAUGGUGGGAUCCCCAUGGCUCUUCACGAUUACUACAUCUAAUGAACCCGCUCCGUCAUGAUUUCAUUCGCACAUGUCAUGCUUCGCAGCCCAUCCCCCCCGCAUCCUCCGGGCUGAAAUAUCUCGAUAUCGGCUGUGGCGGCGGGAUCUUCGCCGAAAGUGCUGCGAGAAUGGGAAAUGCGGGGAGCGUCACGGCAAUUGAUCCUUCGCCCGUAGUGUUGGAUGUUGCAAAAGCGCAUGCGCGCAAAGAUCCAGGGCUGCAGGGGAAAUUAACGUAUUUGAAUACGUCAAUUGAGGGGUUACCGACGCCGAAAUCGAGAGAGGAGCAAUAUGAUGUGCUUUCGUUGUUUGAGGUUAUUGAACAUAUUACGUAUCCGUCUGAGUUUUUGGAUAAGUGUACGCCGUUUGUGAAGCCUGGGGGAUGGAUUAUCAUGAGUACGAUGGCGAGGACGUGGACGAGUUGGUUGACGACGAAGGUGGUGGCGGAGGAUGUUAUAGGGAUUGUACCGAGGGGGACGCAUGAUUGGAAUCAGUAUAUUAAUGAGGAGGAGUUGAGGGGGCAUUUUUUGAGGGAGAGGGGCUGGAAUAGUCCGAUAGUUAGGGGGGUAGUUUAUGUGCCGGGGUUGGGGUGGAAGGUUGUGCCUGGGAGUGAGAAGGUGGGGAAUUAUUUCUUCGGAAUUAGGAGGGAUGAGGUUACCCAGGUGUGA